UUCAACGCAGAGUACAUGUUCUUUUCUUUUGGCUCUUUCAUAGGGGAAGCGAAAAUGGUGAGCCCCGUGCUAAAACCCAAUAUUGUGAAGAAGAGGCGAAAGAGGUUCAUACGCCAUCAAUCCGAUCGUUUCAAACGUGUUGCUCCAAGCUGGCGCAAGCCAAAAGGAAUUGACAACUGCGUACGUCGUCGGUUUCGUGGAACUAGAUUAAUGCCCAGUAUUGGAUAUGGAUCGAAUAAAAAGACCAGACACAUGAUGCCAGAUGGCUUCAGAAAAUUUCUUGUCCACAAUGUUGCUGAGCUUGAAGUUUUGUUGAUGUCCAAUCGACGUUUUGCUGCUGAAAUUGCACACAACGUAUCGAGCAGAAAGCGUAAACAGAUCGUGGAGCGUGCGCAACAGUUGGCGAUUAAGGUGACCAACUUUAAUGCACGCUUGCGUAGCGAGGAAAACGAGUGAUGAAUUGUACAAUAAAUAUUUUCACUUGUAUUAUAAUGUGAGUGUUGAUUUGCAACUCAUGCAUUAAAAAUAAUUUUUGUUGUCGAA